ACUUCGCCAGACUUCGCCAGACGCCCGACGGCCCGAGCUACGUCGAUUAGUGCAUACUGCCGCUUUGCGCAUAGCACCGUGAGAGUGCGUAGCGUUCAGUGGUGGAAAAAAAAAAAUGGUAGUUAUUUGGGUGUAGUCGGGGCGAAUUUUCUGCAAGACAAAUGUGAGUACCGGCUGGCUAAAGGAUUUAACGAGUGCCGUUUCGUUGACGCAACCGCGAGGCUAGUAUGACUGGGUCCGUGUCGGAGGUAACGAAAAUACGAGAGAGCGGACGGACACUGAUUCUCCCCCGCAUGAAAGCCCGAGACCGAAAUUCUUUCAGUUCCUUGGAUACUAGAAACUUGCUAGCUAGCUCAGCAGUUUGUAUGGCAGAAUAUAUAGCCUAAGUCCAAAAUGUUACAGAUAUGGAUAUUUUGAAUCUUAUAACAAAGACUGCUCGUUAAGAGACAUAUAGUCACGGUUGGGAAAAUUUUAAUUCGAUUAUCUUCAGAAGGCGAUAAAAAUAUGAGUCUUAUUAAUUUUACAUCAGAGCGAAAUUGAGUAUAGAAACACAAGGGAAAAGGGAAAGUAAUUUUGUGAAAUAGAAUUUUAAGUAAAGUUGGUUAUGUGCAAUGCCGAGAUGCUACAAUGACAGCAAGACAGUGAGUUCAGUGAACAGCAACUAUAAGCACAAUACAGACGAUAUUAUAUUAACGCAAUCGCAUGCUUUCUCGAUUGGAAGUCAAUUGAAUGCAGACGAAGAUCCCCCAGUAAUUGAAAAAUCACACAGACGACUUCGGUGCGACCUUAGUCCUGUUCCUACAAGUACAAAUUCCAAUUUAAACAUAAAACUUCUUGGUUUAAAGGGUGAUAAAAGUACUCGUCAGGAUCAUCAGGUGAGCACUGGAUCUGGGGGGCACAAAGAAAAAAAUAGGGAGAUCAAAAAGAAAGCAGCUAUAGGCAAUACAGUGCGUGGAUUCUUCUCAUCUGGCCACAGCAGGCAGGACAGGUAUGAGACAAACAGGCAACGUUCUUCAGGUGGAACUGGCGGUGGCUUGUCUAGUUUAUGUCCUAAGCUGGUGGCCAGUGGAGAUACUGGCAGCCAAAGUGGCAUUAGUUUGGCAGUGGGCCACUUAGCCUCUCAAGAAAGCAGAGGCCCUUGCGCAGUUGUAACGACCCAAAGGAUCCACGCACACAAUCACAGACGCCAAAGAAAGCUAUCUAUUGUCGCGCAGGCAGGCCCUAGUGCCAAUACUACUGGUGAUAGGAAGGUAUUAUCCAAUAUAAGUCGCUCGGCUAGUAUUUCUAAAAAGCAAAUUCGAACACAGCGACACGAUCAAAGUACUGAUUCUUCAUCUAUAACUAGCAACGGUCUUGCGACCAGCUCACCAUCUUCUAAAAAAAAAGUACUAUCUGCCUUGCGUAUUUCUGAUCGAUCAUCUACCCAAAGUGUGAAUUCGUCAUCCUUAGAUCAUGAAAAUGAUCGUAGUUUCAGUGAUGCUGAAGAAGCAAUCGCAGCAACGGAGAAUGCGUUUGCAACACCAGGGUCUAGUUCUACACCUUCUACACCAAUUAGUAAAGUGAAGUCGGCAAAAUUCAGCAAGGAUGAGGGAGCAAAUGUGGAACGUAAUAUUCUCACAGAAUGUACCGAUUCAUCAAGAAACGCUGCAGAUGUACAACAUGUGAUUUUAAAUGAAUUCGAACAAAAAAAUAUUAUGCCAAUAAAAUUGUCUGCAGUACACGAAUUAUGCACAGUUAAUCAGGAAAGUAUUACAAAUGAUAAGCAAAAAUCGUCGAGUUCUACCCUCAGCACCAAAUCUAUUAGUAAUAGCGACCAAAAAGUUUUGAAAAAUAGAAAUAGAAAUUGUGCAGAAAAAAUGAUUGAACAUCAUAGUAGUAAAAACAUCGAAACAGCUAACAUAGAAAAAGAUUUAAAUGAUACUACGAUAUCGACAGACAUAGAAAUGAAUUCUAUAGAUGAUAAUAGUGAAGGUAAACAAGAAAAAAGUAGAAAAUCUAUAGGGUACACGGGUAGUGGUGACGACAGUAUAGAUAAAGAAACUUCGAAUACCGUCAGAAGCGAUAAGAGAGAGAAUUUAACGAGAGUCAAAAGUAACGCAGGUUUAAGCGAGGAGGUAAUUAAGAAUUCGAGGUUUGUAACAUCAAAGGUACUGGAGGAGACGGAUGCAGAUACUAAAACGGAUGUGGAAAAAGAAGAGGAAGAGGAAAGAGCGACAAUAUACGAUGACGAUGGCACCAGUAUCAGCGAUAUAGUAGCGGCACAAGCGCUUCAUGAAUCGUUAAGUAAAUUAGGUAAAGUUCCGCUGUUAGACACUGAGAUGGAAGAAGUACAGAAUAAAAGUUUGCGAGACGAUACAAAAAUGAGGGAGCGUCCUGAAAAGGAUAUAGUUACGCAAGAGGAAACGGUAGAAGGUUUUAUCGGUCCAUUACUUGACGAAAACUUCAAAGCUGAUGAGAAAUUAUCACAAAAGACAAUGGCGAUGGAGGAUGUGCAAAAUUUACUAAUGAAAGUUAAGGUGCAGACUAUCGAGGACGACGACGACGAGGAGAAAGCCGUUGGCAUUUCGCCGGAUGGAAGAUUUCUGAAAUUUGAAGAGGAAAUUGGUCGUGGCAGUUUCAAGACUGUUUAUCGCGGAUUAGAUACUCAAACAGGUGUAGCUGUAGCUUGGUGCGAAUUGCAGGAGAAAAAAUUGAAUAAAACAGAGAGGUUGAGAUUCAGGGAAGAAGCUGAAAUGUUAAAGGGAUUACAACAUCCGAAUAUUGUACGGUUUUAUGAUUAUUGGGAGGUUACACUUACCCGUAGAAAAUAUAUUGUACUAGUCACUGAACUCAUGACAUCAGGAACAUUGAAAACGUAUUUGAGGAGAUUUAAAAAGAUCAAUCCCAAAGUAGUAAAAUCUUGGUGUCGGCAAAUCUUGAAAGGUUUAAGUUUCCUUCACUCCAGGUCACCGCCUAUUAUUCAUCGAGAUUUGAAAUGUGAUAAUAUUUUUAUCACGGGUACCACGGGAAGCGUGAAAAUUGGUGAUUUGGGUCUUGCAACAUUGAAGAAUCGUAGUUUUGCAAAGAGCGUAAUUGGUACACCGGAAUUUAUGGCGCCUGAAAUGUACGAAGAGCAUUAUGAUGAGUCGGUCGACGUUUAUGCCUUCGGGAUGUGUAUGCUUGAGAUGGCUACUAGCGAGUAUCCAUAUUCCGAAUGUACAGGACCAGCACAAAUAUAUAAACGUGUAGUAUCGGGUGUUAAGCCGCAGAGCUAUGAUAAAGUUGAAAAUCCGGAAGUACGUGAUAUUAUAGAAAUGUGUAUACGUCUGAAGAAGGAAGAACGACCGCUCGUUAAGGAUCUACUUAAUCAUGAAUUCUUCGCUGAUGAUGUUGGACUGAAAUUGGAAAUGGUAUCGCGGGAUUCGGCGGUUGCAGAUACCGAGCUAUCGCGCGUCGAGUUCAGAUUGCGUGUGCUGGAUCCUAAAAAGCGCAGCAAUAAACACAAAGAAAAUGAGGCGAUACAAUUCGAUUUUGACAUACAGGCUGAUAAUGCAGAAGAGGUAGCGUUAGAAAUGGCAAAAUCCAGUCUCAUAUUGGAGGAAGAUGCUAAAGCAGUGGCUAAGAUGUUGAAAUCACAAAUUACCACUUUAUUGAGAGAACGAGAGGAGCGUAAGGCUAAAGAAGAGAAGGAACGUUUGGAUAGGGAAACUGCCGCUACAACCACAGAUGUUACAGCUAAUGCUGCAAAUGCCGAGAACUUGUUACAACAGCAACUGCUCCUUCAACAGAUGCAAUUGCAGCAACAGCAACAGCAACAACAAAUUCAAUCUAAUAUUAAUAUUCAGAUGCAAAAUCCAGUCCCAAUGCAAUUGCAACAGACUCAAAUGCCCAUUCAACAACAGCAAUUACAAUCGACCGCUCAACAGGCUCAACAGCAUAAUUUACAAGCACAGCAAGUUCAAUUAGUCCAGCAACAACCAAUAAUUCAACAGCAAACAUCGGUUGUGCAACCCCAACAAGCACAACAAAUACAAUAUCAACAGCAAAUACAGCAGCAGUAUCAGCAACAACAGCAACAGUAUUCUCAACACGUCCCGCAAAGCUUGAAUGCGAAUUCUCCACAAUGUUCAACUCCGCAAAACGUUCAGACUCAGCCUCAGUUUCCACAGGUGCCACAGCAGAUGCAGCAGCAACAGCAGCAUGUUCAGAUACAGCAACAACAGCAAUAUAUACAUUUGAAUCAGAUGAGUGUUCCACAACAAAUUCCUCAUCAAAUGCAGCAACAGAUGCAGCCACAAAUGCAGAUAUUGCCUCAACAGCAGCACAUGCUUCAACAACAUGCGCAACAACAGUAUGCGACUCAACAGCAACUUCAGCAUGUUCAGCAGCUGCAUCAGCAUACCGUUAGUUCGCCGCCUGUUCAGAAUCAGCAAUAUUAUCAACAAAGCGCUACCGGUUCCUCGGGAUAUGUAUCAGCAGGUUCAUUGUAUCAGCAAACCAUGCCACAACAAAUAUUUCAUACAUAUACCACUUCUAAUCCUUCCGGUCACGUAGAAAUCUUAUCGUCCACCCAAACUGCGACGCAGAUUUACUCUCACACGAGUUUACCCGCAGGCACGGUAUCUGCAGCCUCGCAAUCGCAAUACAUCCCAACGGCAGGUCAAGUUCAGGCAUCUGUACCGUCGGGCAUAAGUGUCAAUAAUACAUCGGCUGUGACUCACAUGCAAAACGUCCCAACUUCGACAAUUCCCAAUAUACAGAGCGCGCCUACUUUACUCAGUAAUACCGGUCCACAGUCUCAAUCUCAACAAAAUAUUCUCGUGCAAAUGCAGUAUUCACAAAACACGAACAUCAUACCUAAUUCUAUUUCAAUGACACCCAAUAUGACAAAUGUCCCAGCGCAAUCGUCUACUAAUCUUCAACAUCAACAUUUCCUUUCGAAUGUGGAUCAAUGUCCGACGACUGAUAGAUCUUCCCUGGUAAAACAAGAUACAAUGGACUCGAUACAAUCUCUUCCGCUGGAUCAACCAAUUAAUUUACAGCAAGAUCAAAUUGUUGCUACUGCUUCAGUCGCAACGGGCGUUGCACAACAGACUGUAACGUCAAUCGAUGGAGUUACGCCAGAAAAUUCCGAAAGCGUCACUGCUUCCGAGAGAAGUCGAAUAAAACGUUCUGGAACUAAACGUAAGAAGCCGGGCAUUAAAUUAACAGUCUUAUCUGUCAGUAGCGGCGAAGGACAAUCAAUGACUGUCGAGUGCCAGUUAGAUACAAGUAAACAAAAGACUGUUACCUUUAAAUUUGAUCGAGAUGAUAUGGUACCUACGGACAUUGCCAACAAUUUGGUUGCUGAAAAUCUAUUGCCGCAAUCUCAAUGCGAGACAUUCGUAGAAUUAAUUGAAGACAUUGUUAAACAAUUGCGCUUGGAUCCCACACGUACCUUACCUUUAGUAGCACAUGGUCCACCUGAUCAAUCUGCCGGUGGAAGUCCGGUUACGAGCAGACGUCCUAGGGAUCGCGACCACAGUCUCGAUACAGCUAAGCAGGUGAGACAUGGCUCGCUAACACGUCAAAGCAGCCACCGAUCGUCGUACAAAGUCCACCGUAGACACCGUUCGAGAGACGAAACUUCAAACACUUCUACUCCAACGAAAUUGUUGCCGAUCGAACAAAUUAUUUCUCAUAUUGCCAAUACCACUUUGGAGAAGCAACAGGUCGCUCAAACUCCUGAUAAUCAAGCCGGUGCCGAAAAUACGUCAGCGGAAGCUUCCAGAAGGUCGUCCACAUCUACACAAAAUACUGACACUUUAACACCUACAAAUAUACCAAGUGACCCAACGGAUAAUCAAGAAACUAUCGUUUCUGCAACGUCCGCGGAAACAGUUGUAGAAGCACAGCAUAAUAUUCAAGAUGAUGCUAACAAUUCAGCCUUUAAAUCUUAUCAAGCGUUUACAACGCAUGCUCAAACUCAAAUACAAGAUACAAUAAUGAACGCAAGUCAUGCGAGUGAGGGAUCAAAAGAAUUUCAAGAGCAGCAAGAUGUAGACAUAAAGGAAUCUGGAAUAACUAAAGAGAUAAAUGCGUCCGACGUUGCAGAGAUAUCGACUUUGACAGUACCGACGCCACUGCGUAAAAUUUCUCGCUUCUUAGUUAGUCCUGUGGUCGAACAAAAAAAUAUCGCGGCUGAAGAGGAAUCUUCUGCUGUCGGUGAAAGCAUAGAUCGUACAAAUAUCGCAAUGUCACAGUCAGCAUCGCAAUCUGUUGCGCCUGUUGCGAACGCGGAGCUUAUAUUGAAAAAUGAGGAACACGUGGAAGCGAAUGUUUUAGAAAUCCAGAGUGGAACGAUGCUCGAGCCAACAAACAAUAAUGAAACAAUCGUUCAAAGUAUUCCGUAUACUAUGGAACAGACAGACAGUAUGCAACAGAUCUUGCAACCAGGACAACAGUCGAUCGGACUGCAGCAGAAUAUUAUUCAAAUGCAGACUUUGCAGCAAAUGACGGGACACGUACAACAAACCACGACUAUCGGACAAUCGAAGCAGCAUACCAUACUCGUUCAGGGAUCUACGAUAACGGCGCAGCAAACUUCCCAGCAGAUACCUCAAACUGGUAUGCAGCAUUUCGUGCCGGUUAAUUCGCAAGAGUUGCAAUCUCAGCCGCUUCAUUCGAACGGAAUACCUCAAACGCAGGCGCAGUAUCCAAGUCAAGCAAUGAUACAACCCGGCGUUGUAAUGCAACCACCACAGCCACAACAAAUUCCUGUGCAGCAGGGCAUAAUGCAGAUGCAUAUACAAGCGGAACAAAUGCAGGCCCAACGUCCGGCGGUGCAGCAAUUUAUCCCGCAACAAGUGCAGCCUCCGACACAGCAGUAUGUGAUGCUGUCGGGCCAUAUGCAACCGGUACAACCAACAACUAUGGAUGAUCGAAAUCGCAGAGUGCCGAGUUUAUCCGCUACGUCCAAUGCGUCCAAUGUAUCCUUGGACUCACAAAUUUUGGAAUCAUCCAGCAUAGCUGAAGAAAAGAGACAGGCCAUGAACGCAACUAAUAUACCUGUAACGCACAUGCAACAUGUACAAGUCGUUCCACAAGAUAUUGUUGGUACAAUAUCAUUGCCGCAAAGCACCAUAGAAGCUGCUCAACCUCCUCAUCAAAACGUGCAACAUGUUCCGGGAACUUUACCUCCAACCAUGCAGAUACCUGCCUCUGUGCAUCCGGUCGUUGCUUCAGAUAUUUCCGCACCUAAAGUCACCAUUAAGACAAAAGAGGUGUCUUCGACGCUUCCAGAUCUCGCACAAAAUUUAGCAAACAUACUUUCCAAUCCGAAAUCCAAAUCUGCCACUCCUCAUCCUCUAACCAGCCACGAACCAGCCGCAGUUCCUAACAUUGCUGUUGCCACGUCAGUCGACCACAAACCUGUGCAAUCCGAGCAAUAUUUUCAACCUAUACAACCGGAAGCGAGUCAGCUGCAAAUUCAACCGCCUGUUCAACACAAUUAUUCUGGGCAGAUCGUGCAUCAGGGAUAUCAGGGACAACCGAACUUUCAGCAAGCAUUUCAGAAUCAACAAGUGCUUCACCAGAAUCAAGUACAGUCGAUACCGCAAUCAAUUCCGUUAACAAUCCCUCAACAAAUUGACGCUCAAUCACAGAUGAUGCAAUCCAUUCUUCAAACUGUAUCAAAUCAAUCAAUUACUCAAGGAAAAUGGAUUAUGACUAACCAAACUCCUCUACAGCAGCCAUUACGACAUAUACAACCAAAUCAACUGCAAUCGCUCCCAAAUCAAUUGCAGUUACAACAAAUUUCUGUGCAGCCACAAAUGCAUCAGCAAAUUAUGCAAGACCAACAACACAGCGAAUCUUCCGUAUUAGAUCAAUCACAUUUACAUUUGAAACUUCCAGAACAACAUUCAGCAAAACCUUUGGAAAUUGAGAAUCUGGAAUCUUCGAAUUUAAAUAAUAUACGUCGUACUAGUUCUGAUUGUCAGUUACUUAUAUCCGAAAAUGAGAAUUCCAGUCACGAUGUGACGCCUGAGCACACUCUGGUUGAAUCCAUCGAUUCUACAUCAAUUCUGCAACAACAGUUGUCGCAACCACAACAACAGCAGCAACAGCAGCAACAGCAGCAACAGCAGCAGCAGCAGCAGCAGCAGCAGCAGCAGCAACAACAUCGCAAACUCAGUCAACAGAAUUCGUUAGACAAAAUGUCAGAGAUAAGUUGCGGGAAUGUCGGAAGUGGUGCAGGACCGCAAACUAUAGCUGAUUUGCAUCAGAAACUUGUACAAGUGACUAGUCAGCCGUCGGAAUCGCUGAACGUUGGUACACCACCUAUAAGUUAUCCUGCCACCCCUCAUAAUAAUCAGGUGGUUGGAGGAUAUGACGCGUAUAUGCAUUCUUUGCAACAGAAAUUGUUUAAUAUUGGCAUGCCAGUUUCAUCCGCGAAUGUCACAUGCCCGUUAUCUCCUCAAACAACCAUACAUUCCUCCACUAUUCUCACCGAUACGCAAGCCGAGGCAACUAUCGAGGGCUCCACCAUAAUACAAGACAAUUCUAGCGCAUUUGCAGUGUCUCAAAGUAACGUAGAAUGCUCCCUUGAUAGUCCGACACCAGGAGCUCCUACAGGAACCGAAAAUAUGAGCCCGAGCAAAGAAAAUGUGAAAAUACGAACUCAAAGACCAGGAUCCCGUUUGCAGGAAUUAGAGCAAGAAUUAGCAAAAAUUCAUCAUAGAGGUUCAGUUUUCGCAGCAGCUCCAGUUCAACCUUUAACGCCACCUAUAUCAAACGUACAAACACAACAAUCUGUACAAAAUUUGUUAACAACCGCUCAGCCAGUAUCAAUAGUACCUGCGGCUACUGUUACUUCUAACAUCGUGACAUCGCGAUCUGGUACCAAUACUCCAAUUCAGACAGAACUCCAAGACACUAAUGAGAAGGCAAAUUCUACUCAAUCUGCUAGAAAAGUAUCAAGAUUUAUGGUUUCCAAAGUUUCGGGUCCACCUGUUCAUAGCAACGCUGCUAUUAAUCAACAACAAGCUACCGAUGCUGUAAGGUCUCAAUUACAACAAACGGAAGAAUUAAAAAUUUUAGAACGGCAAAAUAUUCUUCCUCAUCAUACAGAUGAUCUACAUGGAGUAUCUGCACAAAUAUCUUACAGUCGAGAAAAUUCUAUUCCGCCAACUGUACAGGCAACUUAUGGUACUAACAUUUCAAAUCUUGAAUCCGAAAAAGAAGAGAGAUUUGUGGCUCUUACACCGAGUGAAGAAUACCAAUUACUUAUAAAGAGACAAACUUUGGAACUAGAAACGUUGCAAAAGAGACAUAGAGAAGAGUUGGAACGUUUUCAACAACAGCAGCUACAAUUGCUUAUUCAACAACAGCAACAAGCAAGUGCGCUUCACCAUCAGCAUCAUCCGUUGCUUUAUCACACGGUUGCAACAAAUAUCUCCGGACCUAGAAUUCCAGGAACGGAAGAUUAUCUAAUGUUUGGCACAACACCGCAAACUCCACUGCAAAAAGGGCCGAGUAACUAUCCGGAUACGGAUGAGACUUUACGGCUUGCCAUGCAGAAAUUAAAGCAGCCUCCACUGCAACUUCAACCACAGCAGGCAUCGGCUGGAAUACCGCAUGCUUAUGUUAUCCCAAUUCCAGUAGUGCCUUCUGAAAAUAUGCAAAGUGUAGUUUCUCAGCAAGGUAAUAACUGUUCGAAUGAUGUAUCUGAGAGCAUUGAUACGACGCACAGUACAGUGAUUGGAAAUCCGACGCAGUACCAAUUCACUCCUAUAUUAUCAGAGGGAACGAAUAUCUCGUCAACAAAUGUCGGAUCGUUACCUACAUCCGCGCCUUUACCGAUAUCCAGCGCGACAAGCGCUUACAUUCAGUAUGAGGGCCAGCCGCUACCGAAUUUUCAGACUUUCAGCUGCACGCCCCAUGGCGGUUUCUUUUUGCCAGCUGGCUAUCGGCUAAUAUAUACGCCGCCCACGACUCAAUCUCAGCCAGCGACACCCGCCACAUCUCACGUGGCAAAUUCUUCACGUGAUGAUACGCCCCCAACGGCGGAGUUGCAUCACUCGAUCACCGCCGAAAAUUCAACGGUUCCUCCUUCACAUUUGGAUCAAUAACGUAACAUUCGGCUCACAUGCUUCUAUAUUUUUCGGUCGGUCUGCGUUCGUUCUUAGUUUAACGCUCGAUACUUUAUAGUGCAGUUUCGCAUUGUUAUCGUCACGAGUGUAAUUCGAAUAUAUAAUUUGCUGUGAAAUGCGCGCCCCCAUUGCUAGACAAUAUCCAUAAAGGUGCGAAGAUGGAUCGAAAAAAAGAAAGAAAAGAACGUGAGUGAAACUAUAUAUAAUGUUUUUCGAUGUAUGACGCACUUGCGUAUAUUAAACAAGAUAUAUCAAAUAUUCUCGCUAUCUGAGCGUGUGCAUGAUAUUGCUAUGAUAUGUGCCUCGCAGCGGAAGUAAAAGUGGAAAAAGGGAGGAUACUGCGAAGAAGCGAUAUAUAUAAUAUAUAUAAUAUAUAUAUGUGUAUAUACAUGUAUGUAUAUACAUAUAUACACAUACAUAUAAAUUUUCCGAAUGCAACGCAGGAACUGGAGAUAGAGGCCUUUACAUGUACUGUGCUUCAAUGCGUUAAAAAGAAAAAAAGAAAAAAAAAAAAGAAAAAUCUUCCUCCACUGAAACCUCCAAGGGAUUCUAUUAUUGCCCGACUCCUUUAGUAGCACAGUUCACAUUAGUACAGGCCUCCACUAGUCUUACGAUCGAAAUGGCAUAUGGCCAUUCUGCUCGGUAUAUGUGUAUAACUGUUACUGUAUGCUGGAUGUGUCAGAAAAAAAGAGAUCGAAUGAGAAAGAGUGAUAGGUAGGGACAAGGGGCAAGGGGCAAAAAAAAUAAGAAUCAGAGAGAAUAGAAAGGAAGAAAGAAAGGAAGUAUGUAGCUUAUGCGAGUAUGUAUGCGUAUAAUUGUGCGGGUAUGUGUAUGUGUGUGUUGGAGGUAAAAAAAUAGGCAGAGAGAAAUAUGAUUAAUAUAGUCACUGUUAUGCUUUAAUGUAUUUCUAGCGAUUUUGCCUAUUUCAAUUAAAGAAAAAAAAGUCAUGUGUUACUAGUUAGCAAACCUAUAUAUCUUUCGUUUACUAUAUUGAUAAUUAUCUUCUUUUAAAACUGGUAGUAGCCGUUUUAUCUACCGUUGUUUAUUUUGAUAUAUAUAUGAUGUAAUUGAGAUAAAUUAUCUGAUGCCAUCUGUAGAUCAUUGACAAAUGCGCCUGUUGACAGUUUGACUAUUAACAAUUUAAUCGAUCUAAGUGAUGUAUCACUGUCAACAUGUUGGAGAACCGUAUUAAAAAUUUCCAUUUUAGUUCUUGGUAAUUGUGAAACGUCAUUUCAGAUAGCGAAACAUUUAAUUAUAAUUUUAAUUCGAUUAUAAUGACUCCUGAAUAUAUUAUACAUUUUACCAAUAGAUCGUUAUUGUUAGUUUUUUAAAUCGUUUAUGGAUUUUUCGUUUACAUUAGUAUUGUUUAAUAAUACCGAAAUUUGUUUGUAAUUAUCGCAUGGAUCGGCUAUCUGUAUUGUUAUUACAACUAUGUGUCGAAGAAGUGUUUAAAAUUAUUCGUUCCGAUACGCGGCUCUCGCGUCUACCCUGAACUUGGUGAUUUUUGUGCUGAGAUUAAACCUCCUUUUAAGUAUAAGGCUUCUUUUUGGUGCUUUUAUAUCACGAUAUUACAUUAAAAUCUGUUGAAAUGUUCCCAU